CUGUCGUCUUCUCUUAUUCCUGCUCUGUCGUCUUCUCUUAUUCCUGCUCUGUCGUCUUCUCUUAUUCCUGCUGUGGUUGUGUUCCAGGAAGCGUGGUACUGGUAAGAAGGGGGAUAAGAACGGGAAGGGGCUUAGGCAUUUCUCCAUGAAGGUGUGUGAGAAGGUGCAGAAGAAGGGAGUAACUACCUACAAUGAGGUGGCUGACGAGCUCGUGGCAGAGUUCAGCGCCAACGACACCCUCCUCUCGCCCGGCGACUCGCAUUCCUACGACCAGAAGAACAUCCGACGGCGUGUGUACGAUGCACUCAARGUGCUCAUGGCCAUGAACAUCAUCUCUAAAGAGAAGAAAGAGAUCAGGUGGAUCGGCCUGCCCACCAACUCAGCCCAGGAGUGUCAGAGCCUGGAGGUGGAGAGACAGAGACGACUAGAGAGGAUCAAACAGAAACAGUCUCAGCUUCAGGAGCUCAUUCUACAGCAAAUAGCGUUCAAGCGCCUGGUGCAGCGUAAUCGUGCAGCGGAGCAGCAAGCMGGCAGGGCUCCACCCCCAAACUCUGUCAUCAACCUGCCCUUCAUCAUCAUCAACACCUCCAAGAGGACCGUCAUCGACUGCAGCAUCUCCAACGACAAGUUUGAGUACCUGUUCAACUUUGACAACAUGUUUGAGAUCCAUGAUGACAUUGAGGUGUUGAAGAGAAUGGGGCUGGCCUGUGGUCUGGAGGUGGGCCACUGUUCACCAGAGGACCUGAAGGAAGCCCGCACCCUGGUGCCCAGAGCCCUGGAGCCCUAUGUUACAGAAAUGGCCACGGGUCCAAUAAGCAACGUCUACAUCACAGGAGCCUCGUCUACAAACGGAGGAGGACGCCYUCACACAAGUAGCGCCGAUGGCACAGUGGCGUCCAUUUCCAACGACUCACACUACAGCGGCUCGCGAGGCCACACCCCCGUGUCCUACAUGGCAGAUGAGGAAGAGGAUGACGAAAGACUACGACGACAAUGAUUAAAUCAGUAAUUUUCUCACUCAACCACUUCUAACAGCCAGUCUGAU